AUGACCCCCAGCCUCACGGCCCUGCUCUGCCUCGGGCUGAGUGUGGGUCUGAGGACCCAGGUGCAGGCAGGGACCCUCCCCAAACCCACCAUCUGGGCUGAGCCAGGCUCUGUGAUCCCCUGGGGGAGCCCCGUGACCAUCCGGUGUCAAGGGACCCUGAGGGCCCGGGAGUUCCAUUUGGAUAAAGAGGGAAGCUCACCUCCCUGGGAGAGACAGCCCCAACUGGAGCCCGGGGACAAGGGCAAGUUCUCAAUCUCACACAUGACACAGUCCUACGCAGGGAGAUAUCACUGUUACUAUCGCAGCCCCACUGGCUGGUCAGAGCACAGUGACCCCCUGGAACUGGUGGUGACAGGGGCCCACGGGAAACCCACCCUCUCAGCCCUGCCGAGCCCUGUGGUGACCUCGGGAGGGACCGUGACCCUCCAGUGUGGCUCAUGGGAGGGACUGGACCGGUUCAUUCUGACUAAGGAAGGAGAACCCAAGUCCUCCUGGACCCUGGAUGCACAGCGAGGCCCCCAGGGGCAGACCCAGGCCCUGCUCCCCGUGGGUCGCGUGCCCCCCAGCCACAGGUGGAUUGAGCAGAGCUCUCCCAGUGCCCGUCCAGAAACGCGGGCAAGUGGGGCCACAGCUUCAACCUUCACCGGGAGCCCUGACCCCUCCCUGCCUGGACGAGACGCCAUGACCCCCAGCCUCACGGCCCUGCUCUGCCUCGGGCUGAGUGUGGGUCUGAGGACCCAGGUGCAGGCAGGGACCCUCCCCAAACCCACCAUCUGGGCUGAGCCAGGCUCUGUGAUCCCCUGGGGGAGCCCCGUGACCAUCCGGUGUCAAGGGACCCUGAGGGCCCGGGAGUUCCAUUUGGAUAAAGAGGGAAGCUCACCUCCCUGGGAGAGACAGCCCCAACUGGAGCCCGGGGACAAGGGCAAGUUCUCAAUCUCACACAUGACACAGUCCUACGCAGGGAGAUAUCACUGUUACUAUCGCAGCCCCACUGGCUGGUCAGAGCACAGUGACCCCCUGGAACUGGUGGUGACAGGGUGGUUCCCUGACACGCCCUCCCUCUCGGUGCAGCCAGGCCCCGUGGUGGCCUCAGGAGAGAACGUGACCCUGCUGUGUCAGUCAGGGAGCACAAGGGAAACUUUCCUUCUGUCCAAGGAGGGGGCAGCCCGGCCCCCACUGCGUCUUAGAUCAAAGUACCGAGGUGGGCAUUACCAGGCCGAAUUCUCCAUGAGUCCCGUGACCUCAGCCCACAGUGGGACCUACAGGUGCUACAGCUCACUCAGCAGUAACCCCUACCUGCUGUCACACGCCAGUGCCCCCCUGGAGCUCACGGUCUCAGGACCCUCUGGGGGCCCCAGCCCCCCACCGACAGGCCCCAGUUCAACCCCAGGUCUCAAAUGGUACCUGAACGUCCUGAUCGGGGUCUCGGUGGCCUUCGUCCUGCUGCCCCUCGUCCUCCUCGUCCUACAACGGGUUCAGAGCAGACGCAGGAAGUCGGCCCAGGGCGAGGCUGAUUUCCACCCUCCCGCAGGGGCUGCGGACCCAGAGCCCAAGGACACAGGCCUGCAGAGCAGCUCCUGCCCAGCCGCCGCCGCCCAGGACCAGGCCCUCUCAGAUGCUGCCGUGAAGGACCCACAGCCUGAGGACGGGGUGCAGCUGGACCAUCCGCAGAACAGGCAGGAUGUAGACCCCCAGGAGGGGACAUAUGCCCAGGUGAACCACUCAAGAUCAAGACUAAGGCGGGGGGUGGCCACCUCUCCUUCCUCCCUGUCGGGGAGAUUGCUGGACAUGAAGGACAGACAAGCGGAAGAGGACGGGCAGAGGGACAGUCAGGCCGCCGCAUCUGAAGCCCCCCAGGAUGUGACCUAUGCCCAGCUGAACCACUCGACCUUCAGACGGGAGACUGCACCCCCUGCCCCCCAGUCAGGGGAGCCCCCAGAAGAGCCCAGCGUGUAUGCUGCUCUCGCCGUCCGCUAG